AUCCAACUCUUUAAUCACAUAACCAGUUACAUGACAAAAAAGAAUUAACUGAAAAUUAAUUGGAUAGCAGUAAAAGGUGUUGGAAAAAUAGAUAGUUAUUAAAUAAGAAAAUAAGGUUUAAUUUUUAUUUUAUUUUAUGUAAUCUAAGAAACCAUAUAGGCUAAUUUUCUUCACACACUAUUCUAAAAACGUACAUGUUAGCUAACUUUAGCCACACAUCCUGUUUCCCUGACUUAUGGCUAGUGUUAGCUCGCUUUAUUUGUUAGCCAAGUUACUUCUUUAAAAUGAAACAUGUUUUAUCUUUAAAGUGAGAGAAAGCAUAAUACUGAUGGAGCUUUUUCUGUUUCACUUAUCAUUAUGCUGCUUUGUGGCCUAUAUUUAUUUAACGUUAAGAGUAUAGUUUGAUUGAAGACAUUUAAAGGAAUAUUUAACAUUUUGUGAGGAUUUAUUUUCGCUUGCCAAUAGUUUGAUGAGAAUAUUUGUACCACUCUCAUAUCCGUUUAACGACUCUGGAUAGUUAGGUUAACCUAGCAUUAAGACUGAAAAUGAAACAGUCCAGGAAGUCCAGCUUCAUUAAACGAGAGUGAUACCAACUUUCUCAUCUAGCUGACUGUCUCCUGCCUCUGGCUUUAUAUUUAAUAAACACAUAUAAGAGUAGUAUUGAUCCUCUUAUUUAAAGCUAAUAAGUGUAUUUUACCAAAAUGUUGAAUGUUCCUUAGCUCACAUCUAACAUGAAAUAAAGUAUUUUAGAUAAUGUUACAUGAUGUUUAAUGUAACACUCAUACUGACAGAUGCCAGAAUAAUAAUUGGAUUAGGAAAAUAUUUCCAGUUUAGUUCUAUCUGGUUUUAAUGAUAAUCAGUUAUCAAUCAUUGUGUGCGCCCUGUCAGUGUCAAUCAUACUACUUAGAUGAGAGAAGGGGCUGAUUAAUUGGAAUAUAACAUAACUUUUUGUGGGUGGAAACCACCAAAAAGGUAGAAAAAGUUGCCUAAAACAAAUUUUGUUGCCCAAACAUAAACACAGUAAAAGCAACUCAGGAAAACGGGCAGCGAGACUAGCAAACAGCCAACCAUUCACAUCAAUCUGUUAAUCAUUUAAUUGUUUACAGUGUUAAUUUUGCAGCAGCCUGAGCUCCCUGUGGUGAGUCAGUUUCUGAAAAACCUGAUCGUUAAGGGGAAGUUGAGGUGGAAAGAACCUUUUAAGAAGGAAACUGUCACUGUGACGCAUCAGGUCGUUUGCACUUAGUUCUCCUGAUGUAAGAGGACAGGUAUUCCCCUGGAUGGACAACCUGUCAUUUGAUCCCCCUGAGGGGUCAACGCAGACAGUUAGUGCUGUUAGUGUACAGAUGAACUCCACAGAGACAAGAGGUCGAGGGUGGCCUUGCUUUGAAGGGUGAAAGCUUCAAUGUAGAGUUUCUGACAAUCUCAGCAUCAGUGUUGUACAUAUGCACGGCGGUAUAGUGAUAUUUAUAUAUGGAUAAAAACCAGAAACACUAGAUUAUAUGAAAGAGUCAUGAAAGAUUGUUUUUAACACAAAUGAUUCAAGAUAUCCCACAUUAUCAGUCCGCAUUAAACGAUACACCUGUAUAAUCUUUCCUUCCCCAAAGAAGGACACACCUCUUCCAUCAAAAAAUACCUCCGGUAUGAUCAGGUCCUCUCAGGUCUGGGUCACUUUGGAUCUCAUCUACACCCAAAGCGGAUCAUGUCCAGAGUGGAAAGUUUUAGAGACACAAACCUUCGCUCCCUGCUGAAGGAGCUGCGGACUGAUAUUGCUAUGGCUGUAGAUGACUCUUUCCCUCUCGUCUAUGGUUUGGCGGACAAAAACAUCAUCACUGACCAACUACUGAAGGACACUCUGGGGAAGGAGGGCAGAGAAGGGACCCACAAGGCCAUGUACUCGCUCCUGUCCUGGGUCCUGGAGCAGAGCAGAUCCACCAUCCAGGCCUUCUGGAGCAACCUGUCCAAAGACUACAACCUGGACAGCUACCCCAAGCUGCAGACACUGCUCACUAACCUGCACUUGAGACGGGAUGCUGCCGGUUCUAGAAGUGAGAAGAGAUCCUCUGGAGGCCACAAAACCCCUCACAUCAAGAAGAGGAGCCACGAGGACAGAGGGAAAAACUUGCACAAUCAGCACCCUCAGUAUCAUGCCAAGACAAGCGAUGGACCAGGCGGUAAAGUGAGGCUAUACAGAGUGAAAAGUGAAGCUCCAGCCCCAGAGCUAACAUCUGGAAAUAGUGUUCAGGCGGUGUCCUUCUCGGUCCAGAAACCCGUCACUCUGUCUUCCUCCUCCACUGAGCCACCAGUCCGCCAUGAAGCCAGAGAGAAGAUCCAAAUCAAACAGGUGGUUGGCUCAGAUGAAAAGCCAUUGGGAACUGCCAGAAAGUGCAUUAACGUCGGUGGGGAGUUUUACUCUUGUGGUCAGCCAGAGGAGAUAAAUGGACCUUCCAUCCAGUCCAAAGCGGCUAAGAACAUGUUUUACCACAAGAGGGAGACAAACACAAGCAUGGUGCACUAUAAUGAUGAUGAGUGUGCAGUGUGUAAGGACGGAGGGGAGCUGAUUUGUUGUGAUGGCUGUCCUCAAGCUUUUCAUCUAACCUGCCUGGACCCUCCGCUCACAUCCAUACCAAGUGGUCCGUGGCAGUGUGAGUGGUGCUCUGGCAACAGAGUGAAAAGAGAGACAGCCCGACUACCUUUACAACCACUCAUUGCCCAGCCGCAGGAAACAAACACGACCUCCAGUAACUCCAUCACAGACAUCUCCUUCUUCUCCCCGCUGUCGCCCUCGUCUCUCACCAGUGUAACCACGUCUGUGAACGGACCUAGUGGCAGAAACCAGUGCUCAGGUGGAGAGCUGGUCAAUGUCAGAGAAGUGUGUGGUGUUUGUCACCUGGCUGGAGGAGACCUGACUCACUGCCUCCAGUGUCUGAGGCGUUUCCAUGCACACUGCCACUUCUCCAAAGGGAGAUCCAUCUGCUUGUCCUGCUCCAGGCCCUGGGGCAGCUCUGCAGAGAAGGAGGCAGAAUCCAGAGGCUUACAGCUCGCCCCAGUGGUUCAAAAUACGCUCGGUCAUGAUCAGAGCUCCUCCGUCCCUGAGCCCAUCCUCCAUAAAGAUGAACUGGACUCCAUCCUGGGAGACCAGGGCUCCAUUGAUGGCAUCUUGCAGUGGGCUUUCCACAACAUCUCUCGGCCCCUUCCAGACUCUGACGGAUGCUACCAGUAACAGACAGACGAUCAUCCAUGCUCUAGGUUAUACUGUACAGUAACAGUAAUAAACUAAAUAUAAAUAAUUAAAUGGAGAUUUCUUAAUAUA